AUGACUGCGCGCGGCCGGCCGGAGCGACUCCCGCGGGCUGGUUCCACCGUGGCGGCGGGGAGCAGUCGGGCUGCCCUCCCGGACCCCAACAACCGAACCGGGCAGGGGGCGACGGAGACCCGCAGGAGCCCGCAUGGCCGCGCUUCCCGACCCUCGCUUUCCCCUCCGAGCCGCGGCCCAAACCGAAGCGCAGUUCGAACCGUCCCACAGGUUCUUUGCAGGCGGGGUCCACCCCCUCCCCCGCACCCGACGGAGGAGAAGCAGGAGGAAGAGGAGGAGGAGGUAGAAGGGCGCGAUAGGGGCGUGGGAGUGGUGCGGGCGGCCUUGCCGCGGUUCCUUCCCGGCUCGGGAGCGCACCGCCGCAAGCCCCAGCGCGCUCUCGCCCCUGCCCCGCACCCCCGAGCGGCCCCGGGCCCUGGGCUCCGCUCCACCCCUUCGCCCGCUGCCCGCGCCCUUCUGCGGGACCCUCGGGGCGCCUCCCCUGUGGUCCGCGUCCUUCCGACCUCCGCUCCAUCCCGUCAGGUUCUCCCUGAGCGGAUCAGCGCCGGCGGCAGGGAGAAUCGGAGAGACCGCAGGGGAAAAGGGCUUCCUGGGUUUUCGGUUAGGCUGGCUCAGCUUGACCUUACGCUGGCCGGAGUGGCUGAGCGCCAGAACGACGGAAGGGCGCGAGCUUCACGCAUUUUGCUAAGGGUUUGGGUUGGUCUUCAGAAACGGGGGGCGUGGCGGGGCGAGGGUACACAAGCCAGACAAAGCCGUGCACAAAUUAUCCUUGAAAGAAGACGGAGCCGUGUGAAUCCUGCCGGAACAGAUGACGCAAACUGUUUACAGGACGGAGCUGCCAGUCUUACCGACAUUAGAGCAAGAAGCUAUACCUGGCGGGUGGAGUACGGGGGGAUCGUUUUUCAGUCUCACUUUAAGGGAACUUUCAGAGACACGUGCACAGGGUUCUGUAAACCCCUCGUGCAGGCCACCCGAAGGCGCCCGUCGUGGGGCAAACCCGGCCCAAGGCACUGUUCCCUUCCCCGCCUGCGCCUUGCGCGUGCUGCUUCAGUGCCGGACCCAGCAGCCCGCGGGACUCCCCACCGGCUUCAGCCAGGGACACUGGCUUGCAUAUCUGCUUACCGAGUCAAAAGCCUUAAACCUCUGACUGGCGUGGACAAUGAAGCUUCUGUCAAAUUUAUACUAGAGAACAAAAGGCACAGAAGGAAAAGAUGAAAAAUUAGAACAUUUUCUUAUUGGGAAAGCCCUGGAUAAACAACUAAGCCAGCGUCUGGAGAGACAUAAGUGUCUACAGGAAGAAAUGGAUAGAACAUUUGCUUAUGCCAGGAGGAUACUGCUUAAUACAACGUAAACUGUAACUGAAGCCAAAAGCCACACCACAUCCCUCACCAAAAGGAAAACAAUCAACUGAUCUGGAUCACUUUCUGAGCUGUGAAUUUUCUCCCUGGGUUCUGCCUACUUACCCCGUCUCCAACCUCAUAGGACCUAAGGACAGCCUAGCAAGGCAUUACCUUGUUUGUGGGUGAGCAUUCCCAGAGGUCUGGGGAUCCCAAGGCCCAGCUCCUCACAGGCCACUCUGGGAAUGUGCUCGAUGGCCCUGACCUGGACACCCUAAGGCCCCACCUGACUCUCAGGGGGUAUGCUGGUGGGAGGUGGGCGUUUCAGAGGGAGAGAGGCGUGCUCAGGGCUGGAGGAGGAGUGGGGGCCAAACAAUGUAUAUAUGUAAAAUGUAUACAGAUGUUAUAAAAACAACACAGGUAGGAAACAGAGCUACUUAGCAGCAGAAUUUUUUGUAUACUAUAGAAACUUAGUUGACACUAAUUAAAACUAGAUUAUUAUAAAUUAAGGUAUUAGUUGUA